AUGGCGCUUCCUCGAUCGUUUCCCAUCCAAGCAGCAGGUGGCAAAACCAUCGACCUCCCGUCAGUCGGCUUUGGAACCUGGGCUUUCGAAGGCGGACCAACGGAUCCAGCUAAUCCGGAAUGGAUCAAAAAGGCUUUGAAAGUUGCCUUCGACACCGGUUACCGCCACCUCGAAUGCGCCUGGUUCUAUGACGUCGAUCGCGAGAUUGGCGAGGCGAUACGCGAGUACGGCAUCCCUCAUUUUGAGAUAUUUAUCUCAAGCAAGAUAUGGCCCAAUUUCUACCACCCGGAUUAUGUAGAAGUCUGCUGUGACAAAAUCCUGGACGGCAUGGGGGUAAACCAUGUCGACUGUCUUUUGCUUCAUUGGCCAUGUGCGUUCCGACCCACUUCGCUCGAAGCGCUGAAGACUGCAUCGGCUCAGGAUCAAGCUUCCAUGGAACAGAAGGGCAUGGCUCUUACGCAAGACGGCGAUGUGAUGAUCGACUGGCAAUGGACUAGUGAGCCCAUAGCCCGCGCAGGCGGCCAUCCCGAAGGAUCGAUCGUACCUACAUGGAAAUCGAUGGAGAAGCUCGUCCAGAAGGGCAAGGCCCGAGCAAUUGGAGUGUCAAACUUCGACAUUGCGGAUCUGAAGGCGCUACUACCUCAUGCCACGAUACCGAUCAGUGUCAAUCAGAUCGAGGCGCAUCCUUGGUUCCCAAACCGAGACGUCGUCGAGUUCGGCAACAAGCAUGGAAUCGUCACGAGCUGCUUCUCGCCAUUCGCGGGUCAAAAGGCAGAUGGUGCGACACUUGUACAGGAUCCGACUGUUAAGAAGCUGGCGGAGAAGAAUUGCAUGGGCGUUGGGCAACUGCUGCAAAGCUGGGCAGUUCAUGUUGUCUUAGACUCCCUGCAGUGGGAUGCAUCAGAGCAAACGUGCACUUUUACUUCAGUUCAGAGAGGCACUGUUCCUUUGGGCAAGAGCGGAAAUGAAGAGCGGAUCAAGGCCAACUUCGCUGUGCGCAGACUAUCCGACGAGGAUAUCCAAGCCCUUGACGAUUUGGAGAGACCAAACGGUACAGGCAGAUCGAUUGACUUCAGGAAGGAAUGGGGAGUAGAGUUGUGGCUGAAGAAGUGA